AUGACAUUUGCUACCUAUAUGAUACAUGAUGACUAUGGUGAUUCUGCGUCCUUUUUUGACCGCUUCACUUUUUGGACGGAGCCUGAUCCCAGCCACGGCUAUGUGCAGUAUGUUGACCAAGCCACGGCCGAAGGCAAGGGGUUUAUAUCCAUGUCGGACGGGGUCGCUUACCUAGGCGUCGACUACACCAGCGUGGUGGUGAGCGGUGGACGACAGAGUGUGCGACUGACUAGCAGAAGCCAGUACAAUCACGGGCUUUAUAUCCUAGAUCUUAGCCACAUGCCAGGAAGCGUCUGUGGGUCCUGGCCCGCGUUCUGGAUGGUGGGGCCUAACUGGCCACAGGGAGGCGAGAUUGAUAUCAUUGAGGGGGUAAGUCAGUCAACAAAUAAUGCGAUGACUCUCCAUACAAGCGACGGCUGCAGCAUUGCUGGCAAUGGGUUCACCGGAACCAUCCAGUCAACCAAUUGUUUCGUAGGUGCUGGCGGGCAAGGAUACAAUACAGGGUGUGGGAUUCAACUGACAUCAAACGCGUCUUACGGCGACGGCUUGAAUAAUGCGGAUGGGGGGGUCUACGGGAUGGAAUGGACCAGUGGUGGAUUUAAAAGUUGGUUUUUCACACGAGGCAAUAUCCCACUCGAUAUCCUGUCAGAUACCCCAGAUCCAUUGUCAUGGGGGACCCCGGAUGCUGCUUUUGCGGGAGACUGCAAUUUCGACACACAUUUCAAUAACAUGCAAAUUGUCUUCGAUACAACGUUUUGCGGUGAUUGGGCUGGUCAUCCAGAUGUGUGGGCUUCUUCAGGAACCUGCCAAACCCUGGCACCAACAUGCGAAGAAUACGUGGCGAAUAAUCCUACCGAUUUCCAAGAGGCAUACUGGGAGAUUAAUGCGCUGAAGAUAUAUCAAGACGCACGAAACACUACAGCCAGAUUGCCACGUUUAUUCCCCUAUCACCCAUAA